AUGGAAAGACACAAAGUCUCAAGUCUUAUACAGGCCGUUCGUGAGAAAUAUUUCGGUGUAAGUUGGUUAACGGUUUUUACUGUGGUGGUGUUGGUAUGCAUCACCACCCGGAUUAUCUCGGGCUUUCAAAGUCGACGUGAGCGAGACCCUUCAAAAUCACAGACGGUGCGACUAGCACCUUAUUGGUUUCCCUGGAUUGGACAUGGCCCUGCCUUCUUAUGGAAUCAUGUCACCUUCUUUACAAGAACUCGGGAAUCUAUGAAUGAGCCUGUGUUUGGCAUUUACAUUCGCGGUGUGAAGCACAAUGCUGUGGCUUCUCCAUCUAUGAUGAAGACUGUAUUAUCGGUCAAAGCUGCCACGCCACACAACCAGGUGCUCGAUCAGGCUCUGCAAAACGUCUUUGGCGACCGCAGCCUCAUCCGCAAUCUGGAUUUUGAUCGUCAUCAAGGAGUUAACGACCAGGCUUCUACCAUUCUCAACGAAGAGGCUUUUGUCACUGAAGCUUCGUCUACUAUUACCCGUUUGGUACAGCGUGAGAUGCCGAACCUGGUGAGCUUCUGCCGGAGCAUCGUUGACCAAUAUCCCUGGGAGCGUGGAACCAGUGGAGUUGAACUUCCCGAGGAUGGGGACCAGACAAUCUGCGAGGCCAAUUUGUUUGCACUCGUGGGCAAUUUCAUUGGUCACGUUACUUCUACUUUCCUGAUGGGUGAGGCGUUCGUGGAGAAUUUCCCUAAUCUCGCAGAAGACCUUGGAAGACUCGACGAUUGCUUUGUGACAUUGUUUGCCGGCACUCCUCGCUGGGCCCCGCAUCCAGCGGCUUCUGCAGGGCAUGCGGCCAGUGAUCGGCUUCGCCAUAUCUUUUCGGUCUUUCACCGAGCUUUUACCGCUUGGGACGAUGGGAUUGACGCUGGCAUUGAAUUACGUGACCUUGAUGAUGUCUCUGAACUGGUCAAAGAUAGGAUGCGGACUUUCCGUAAAUUGGAGCUAUCUCCAGGUGCCAGUGCUGCAGGGCACUUGUCUCUGUAUUAUGAUCUGAUUGAACACACGACCAAGAUCACUUUUUGGACAAUUACUCAUCUCUUUGCCGAACCUUCACUUCUCGAUCAAGUCCGCAAAGAGAUUGCCCCUUAUGUGGUGGCUUCCAGGCCAACUCGGGAGGAAACCGGUUUCCCCUUCGAUGAACCUCCUCGUCUCUCUCUGGAUAUUGAAAAAGUGCUCACAUCUUGCCCUCUAUUCCGAGCGUGUUACUAUGAGACUGUGCGCCUUCAUUCGGCGGGAAUUUCGUUCAAGAAGCUGGCGUCUGAUGUGACACUUUCCGAGUCGGCAGAAGAAGCUGCCUAUGGUCUGACAGAGCCCCGUACAUACAAAGUUGCAAAGGGCGAGGAUAUCAUUGUGCCCCAUGGUGCCCAUUAUCACGAUGCUCGAUACUUCUCAAAUCCGGAGCAGUAUGAUCCCCUGCGAUUUCUCGUGACUGAUCCUGAAACGGGAAAACAAGUGGCUGAUUCAAGCAUCCUUGCCCCCUUUGCGGACGGAUUGUAUGGGUCGACAAACAAUGGCUUUACCGAGAGAGCUAUCUUAACUUUCACUGCUGGUAUUGUGGCCUUGUGGGAUAUUGAACCCACAAGUGGUAAAUUCCUCUCAGUUCCAGGGCAUAAGACUAGCUGGGGAGCUUUCCGACCUACCAAGGAGUUGCGGGUGAAGAUGAAAUUGAGAGUAUAG